AGAGCUGGUCUUUCGGGGCGAAGGGUCAGGGUGCGAAGCACCGGCCACAACUGAAGGCGGACGCGGCCUCUUCGCCCCAGGGGCUCGGCGGACGUAGAUGCAGCCGGCGUGCGACUAUCCCAGCGCCUGGCGGCAGCUGGACUUCGCUCCCGGGACCUCCAAUGGGCUGCCACCUUCGCCCGCAGACCCCAGCACCCCCCCCCGCCACGCCCACACGUCGCACUAGGUUGGCCCGCGCCUCUCCGGUUACGGGGUCGACCCCCUAGGGGGCGGAGCUAGAGAGGCCACGGCCAAUGAGCGCCGGAGGUAGGCGGGUUAGUACGGCGAGAAGAGUGACAGACAGGCGCCGUAACCAGUAGACCUAGAAGGCAGAACUGAGUGGCGGGUAAGGCACCCGAUGGCUAUUCGAGCUCUCGAUCUCGGAGACUGGAGCGAGCCAUUCAGAGGCGCGGGGCCGGGCCUGGCGGACGCUUGUUGUUGUCCGGCUGGGGGAGGCGGAGGUCGCUCGCUCGCUCGCUCGCUCGGCUCACUGGGCUCGCUCGGCUCGCUGACUCGCUGACUCGCCGGGGCGCUCUGUGGCGGUCGGCGGCAGGUCGGUCGCGAGAGCGGGCUCUGUGGAAGGGGGCGAGGCUAUGUCGCGGUGGCAGCCCGGAUGGGCCGGCAGGGCCGGGAGUAACGGGACGUCGCCGCGGAGCUUCUUCCCCCGGAUACAGUGCGGCCCGAGCGGAGGCCGCGGCGCCGCCCUCCGAUCUUGAGGAGCCCGCGCUGCGCGGAGCCCGCCCCCGCCUGCGCACCAGCACCGACGCGGAGCGACCCAGCCCAGCCAGACCCGGCCCGGCGCGGCCUGAUCUAACCCAGCCAGGCAGGCAACACUAGCCCCUCUGGAGCACGAAGCUCCUUCCCCAAAGACAUGAAGCUAUUGGAGAACUCGAGCUUUGAAGCCAUCAACUCACAGCUGACUGUGGAGACCGGAGAUGCCCACAUCAUCGGCAGGAUUGAGAGCUACUCAUGUAAGAUGGCAGGAGAUGACAAACACAUGUUCAAGCAGUUCUGCCAGGAGGGCCAGCCCCACGUGCUGGAGGCACUUUCUCCACCCCAGACUUCAGGACUGAGCCCCAGCAGACUCAGCAAAAGCCAAGGCGGUGAGGAGGAGGGCCCCCUCAGUGACAAGUGCAGCCGCAAGACCCUCUUCUACCUGAUUGCCACGCUCAAUGAGUCCUUCAGGCCUGACUAUGACUUCAGCACAGCCCGCAGCCAUGAGUUCAGCCGGGAGCCCAGCCUUAGCUGGGUGGUGAAUGCAGUCAACUGCAGUCUGUUCUCAGCUGUGCGAGAGGACUUCAAGGCCCUGAAACCACAGCUGUGGAACGCGGUGGACGAGGAGAUCUGCCUGGCUGAAUGUGACAUCUACAGCUAUAACCCAGACUUGGACUCAGAUCCCUUCGGGGAGGAUGGUAGCCUCUGGUCCUUCAACUACUUCUUCUACAACAAGCGGCUCAAGCGAAUCGUCUUCUUUAGCUGCCGUUCCAUCAGUGGCUCCACCUACACACCCUCAGAGGCAGGCAACGAGCUGGACAUGGAGCUGGGGGAGGAGGAGGUGGAGGAAGAAAGCAGAAGCGGAGGCAGUGGGGCUGAGGAGACCAGCACCAUGGAGGAGGACAGGGUCCCAGUGAUCUGUAUUUGAUGAGGAGAAGCCGAGGCCCCAGCUUCAUCCAGCUUCAACCAAUGCCUGGACCUGCCCACCUGAGAGGCCCCUGGGGCCUCCCCAGCUGCUGGCCAGACCCUGGCGCUGCCACAGUCCUGGCACUGCCCAAGGCCAUACCUGCCUAGCCCUUUGGCUCCAUCCUGUGGAUGCCCACUCACCCCUCAGAGUCCUGCUGCCCAUGCUGUGGCCGGACUUGGCAGCAGGGGGCCUGGUGGGAGGAGUGACUGCCCUGCCCAAAUGAACUGCCACAGCAGGGACAGCUGGACCACAGAGUUUAUUUUUGUAUUUCUACUGGGCCUGCACACUCCAGCCCAAAGGGUCUGUGGCCGGAGGCCCCGCAAGCAGGCCCCAGUGGUCACUGGCUCUGGUCUUGGGCCGGCCCCUGGUGCCCACCUGUACCCCCACCUCGCCCAUUUGGCCGUGUGCACUGAGUGUCACUUUGCUGCAGCUCAUUUCUUUCCAAUAAAAGUUUCUGUGAGUUA